AUGAUAAUAAUUAAAUAUAUAAAUAAUAUCUUGUGUAUAGAUAAAGAAGACAUAUUAAAUUUGUUUGAUAUAACAGAUAAGACUUAUACCAUUGAUUUAAGAUUAGUAGAUAAUUUUAAAAGUUAUCCUAAAUAUAAAGUUAAUAUUCCAUAUGACGUUGAAUAUGAAACUGAGUAUGAUUUUAAAAUUAAGUUUAAAUAUAAAGACAGUUUAAGUUCUAAUAAUAUUAAAUUGAACAAUCUUUCAUUCAUGGAUAUUGAAUUUGGAUACGUGUAUCUUUAUGUUUUUAGAGAAAAAAUCAAAGGAAGUGAGUUAAUUUUUAAAGGUGUAAUUCAUUUAAAAGAGUUAAUUGAAAGAAAUGGUAUUAAAGAAGUAAGUUUAUUUGAUGAAAAAGUUAAAAAUAUAGAAGCUAUUCCAUUUAAGGUAAAUAUGUUUAAUAGUCUUAAAAUUAAAUAUGAUAAGUACGAGAGUGGAAGUUAUACUGAUGAUGGUAAACUAAAGAGUAUUUCAGAUAUGUUAGAUGAUGUUGGUGGUUCUAUUAAAGAAGUAAUCAAAAAGUUUAAAAAUGAAAAUAUCAGUGAAAAAUUAUCUCUUUUAAAAAAAUUUUACAAAAUUAAGAAAGAAAUUGGAAUAUUUAAAAUUGUAAAAAGUAUUAAGAAAAUAGUAAAAGAAUUAAAUUUAAAUGAAAAUGAUUUUAAAAAUGAUUUAAACGAAUAUUAUGAAAUUAGAGAUGAUAAAAAGAAUGAUUAUUACUAUGCUUGUUUAUCUAAUCUGGUAUAUGGAACUGAAUUUAGAGAAUUUUAUUCUCAUCAUGAUUUAACUAAAGCAGAUAAUGAUGGUUAUUUAGAUGCUAUUAAAAGGAAGUCAUUAAUACUUUUAGGUAAAGAAAUAAACAUACUAAACUUUUAUACAAACUAUGACUAUUUUCCUUGUUUUAUGACAGUUGAAAAGGAUAGUAAUACAGUUGUAAUUGUGUUUAAAGGAACUAAAACAAUAAAAGAGUGGGUUGUUAGUUUAUUAAUGGAUUAUGUCAACAUUGAAGAUGGUUUGAUACAUAAAGGUCAUAGAAUAUAUAUUAGUAAUCUAAUUAAAAGUGACUGGGCUGUUUUAAAUAGUGUUAUAAAUAAAUAUGAUAACAUUCAUGUUACGGGUCAUUCAUUAGGAGGUUCAAUGGCAACCUUAUUUCAUUAUAUUCUUAAAAAGAAAUUUAGUCACAAAAAUAUUAGAACUAUCACUUUUGCCGCUUUUCCAAAUAUCAAUUUAAAAAAUCACAAGUUAUUUUAUGCUAGCGAUAUAACAAAUUAUAUAGUAAGUGAUGAUAUUAUUCCACUUGCUUCAUUUGGAAAUAUUAUUAAUUUUAAAAUGUCUUUAAUCUUUUUUUUGAGAUAUAAAAGUAGUUGGGUUGAUUUUAUUCCAAAUAAUAAUGAUUUUUCCAAUGAAGAAAUAUUAAAUGGAUUGAGGAAAGUAUCUAAAAGUUAUUUUAAAUAUAAAAGGUUAUAUGGAAUAGGACCAACCAUAAAAUUAAAGUAUAAUUCACGUGAAGAUAAAAAAUAUUGUUGGAGAAAUCUUAAUGAAAUAGAAAAGGAUUUUAUAUUACCAACUAGAGAUAGUAUAUAUGAUCAUGGUAUUAAAAGAUAUAUUGAAGGUUUGAAUUGA